CCGAUCUAGUUUGGCACAAGUGAGAAAAAAAAGUUUUCGCGAAACACAAGUAGUUCCUUCUUUUGCUGGGAACCUUUAGACUAGAUCUGUUUUGACUUGAGGUUUUGGUUCACUUGGGAUUUUCUUUGGCUGCUACCAGACCAGGAAACAUUUUCUGGUCAACUAGUUUGGAAUACAAGCUUUCGUGCCUACACGUAAAAACUAAAAUAUACAUUCACAAAUUCAAUUGAACUGAUUCAUAAACUCUUAGUACGUUAAAAACCACUCGACCGUGACAGGCUAGUAUAAAAGCGACACCAUGGCCGAUAGCGAGUCACAUUUACUCGGCGACGAGGAGGACGAAGAGAUGCCGCUGACUGAACGCGAUUUAGCGGACGACGCGCAAUGGAAGUUAAUUCAGAAGAACACCUUUACCAGGUGGGCAAACGAACACCUGAAAACUGUCAACAAAAAUAUUAACAACUUAGAAUCGGAUCUUUCCGAUGGAUUACGACUUAUUGCUUUAGUGGAGGUUUUAUCAGGCAAAAAGUUCAAGCAUGUCAACAAGCGGCCUAAUUUCAGAACCCAAAAAUUGGAAAAUGUUACCAUGGUGCUGGAGUUUUUGGAGAGAGAUGAGGGAAUCCGAAUUGUCAACAUAGACAGCUCCGACAUCGUAGAUAGCAAGAUCAAGCUCAUUCUGGGGUUAAUAUGGACCCUAAUUUUACACUAUUCCAUCUCCAUGCCCAUGUGGGAGGGAGAGGAGCCGACCCCCUCAGAGGGCGGCCCCACCCCCAAACAGAGACUGCUCAACUGGGUCCAGAGCAAGAUUCCCGACCAACCAAUCAAAAACUUCAGCACAGAUUGGAACGACGGCCGCGCCAUCGGAGCUCUCGUUGAUGCUGUCGGACCUGGUCUCUGCCCUGACUGGGAAGAUUGGAAUCCUAAAAAUGCCAAGAAAAAUGCCAAAGAAGCCAUGGACAACGCCGAGAAAUGGCUGGAUGUUCCUCAGCUUAUCAAGCCCGAGGAAAUCACAAAUCCCAAAGUGGACGAGAUGUCCAUGAUGACCUACUUAGCCCAGUUCCCCAAGGCCAAGCUAAAGCCCGGUGCCCCUGUCAGACCACGCCUUAACGCUAACCGCGUGCGGGCCUAUGGGCCAGGUCUGGAGCCCAAGGGUAACCAGGUGGGAGCCCCCGCCCGCUUCACCGUGGAAACCUUCAGUGCAGGAAAAGCUACUCUGGAGAUUACAGUGCUGAACCCCAAGGGAAAGAAAGAAACUUGUGAAGUUGUGUUCAAUAAUGACAGAAACUUGACCUACUCCUGUGUGUAUGUACCCAGUAUGGAGGGAGAAUACAAGGUUAUCAUCAAAUUUGGAGAGAAAGAGAUUAACAAGUCACCAUUUUCAGUCAAGGUCGAAGGUGCUGCUGGUGACCCCACCAAGGUCACAGCCUCGGGUCCAGGUCUGGAGAAGACGGGUGUCAUAGCAACCAAGAGGACGUACUUCGAAGUCUUCACAAAGAAUGCAGUUCCAGCAGAAUUAUUAAGUGACAUAGAUGCAGUAAAAAUAGUAGUAGCCCCAGGAAAGAAAGAUGCAGGUAAAGGCAGCAUUGACGUGGUUAUCCUUGACCCCCAUGGUAGGAAGGACACGAUUCGUCCCAGUAUUGCCCCCGUUCCCGGGAAGGAGGGAACUUAUCUGGUGGAGUACAUCCCCAUGGAGCAAGGCAUGCACUCCAUUAACAUCAUGUUCGCUGGUCAGCAGAUUCCCAAGAGCCCCUACGGAGUCAACGUUUCUCCAGCUUCCAAUGCCAAGAUGUGCUAUGCCACAGGCCGAGGAAUCCAGCCCCGGGGGGUAAGAGUAAAUGAGAAUGCUGACUUCAAAGUCCACACCAAAGGGGCGGGAUCAGCUGAGGUCAAAAUCCAUAUCAUUGGCCCAGGUGGAAUUGAUGUCAAAUGUACCUCUAAGAAGAGCACGAAGGAAGAGGGAGUGUAUGAAUGUGUGUACGUCCCCAUAAAACAAGGCCAGUAUAUCAUCAACAUCACAUACGGAGACCAGCACAUCGCCAAGAGUCCAUUCAAGGUGGAGGUCGGUCCAGCUAAAACGUCCAAGAUCCGCGCCUACGGACCAGGGCUCGAGGGGGGUGUGGUCAACCAGCCCGCCCGCUUCACCGUGGAAACCAUGGGAGAAACCGGGGCCCUAGGAUUUUCCAUUGAGGGACCGUCCCAGGCUAAGAUUGACUGUAAGGACAACUCCGACGGCUCAGCGGACGUGACCUACUUCCCCACCGCCCCUGGGGAAUACGCGGUCCACAUCCUGUGUAACGAAGAAGACAUUCCCAAAUCUCCCUACAUGGUCCAAAUCCAACCCGAGACCAAGGCAUUCAAUGCCUCAAAGGUAACUGCUUUUGGACCAGGUUUGGAGAAAUCAGGAGUGGUACAGAACAAAUGGACAGAGUUCACCGUGGACGCAAAGAAGGCAGGCAAGGCGACACUGAACAUCAGCUGUCUGGACGUCGACCUGAAACCCAUCCCUGUAGAGAUUGUGGACAAGAAGGACGGCACCUUCCAGUGUAAAUACAUGCCCAAAAAGUCCUGUAAACACACCAUCACCAUCACCUGGGGAGGGGUCCAGAUCCCCAACUCACCCUUCAGGGUACAAGUUGGAGAGCCCAGCAAACCAGCUAAUGUCAAAGUGUAUGGCCCUGGUGUGGAGAAGGGAGUGAAAACCAAUGUCAAAACCUACUUCAUUGUGGACUGUACCACCGCUGGUCCAGGCGACAUUGGCAUCGCUUUGACCGACGCAAACGGACGCGACGUACCAGUCAAGACAACUGACCAGAAAGAUGGAACCUUCAGAGUGGAAUAUGAACCAGUUAACCCAGGCACCUAUGUGGUGGCUGUUUACUUUGCUGGAAAGGAGAUACCCAGUAGUCCUAUUAAAGUACCAGUGGAGUCCAGCCUUGACCUUAGCAAGGUCAAGGUCGUGGGACUUGACACACCCAUGACAGUCAAUAAAGAAAGAGAAAUUCAGAUUCUCACAAAAGCCGCUGGUAAAUCAACUGCCACGCCUCGCGUCACCGUGACAACGCCCAGCAAAAAGAAAGUAGAUCUCAAGGACAAACCCAUCACCGAGGGCUUCCAGACUUUCUUUACCCCCACAGAAGUGGGUGCUCACAAAGUGGAGGUCACAUAUGGAGGCAAACCUGUUCCCAAGUCACCUUUCACUGUGGACGUCUUGCCUGAUGCUGCCAGCAAAGUGAAGGCUUACGGUCCUGGAUUGAAAGGGGGCAAUGCUAAAGCCCCUGCCGAGUUCACCAUCGAUUCUCGUGCUGCCACUUCCCCAGGAGAACUUGGGGUCACAAUUGAGGGACCCAAGGAGGCUAAAAUUGAGACCAAGCAGAACCCUGAUGGAACUGUGGGAGUCACCUACUACCCAGAGGUUCCAGGGGAAUAUAAGAUCAAUGUCACCUAUGCCAAUUCUCACAUUAAGGACUCUCCAUUCAAGGCUAAGAUCCUCCCAGAAGAUGCUGCCAAUAAGGUGAAAUGCUAUGGUGAUGGCUUGACCACAGGAAGCGAGGGCCAACCUGCUGUGUUCACCGUGGACACGAGGGAGGCACCUAAACCUGAGAAGAAAGUUGACGUAAAGGUCAAGGGUCCAGGUCCUGCUAAGGUGGACAUGAAGAAGAAGCCAGACACCACAACUGAGGUGACCUAUACCCCCACAAAGCCUGGAGAUUACUCAAUUGAUGUGACCUACGAUGGAAAACCUGUCAAGGACUCUCCUUUCAAGGCCACUAUCAAACCAGGGGAUGCAGCUGACAAGGUCAAGGCCUAUGGGCCAGGUCUCACUGGAGGCAGUGCCAAUGUCAAUGCUACCUUCACUGUGGAUUCCAAAGAAGCACCUGCUCCCAAGCAAAAUGUGGAUGUCAAAGUCAGUGGACCAGCACCUGUUCAACCGAAAUUGACCAAGAAACCAGACGGAACAGUGGAUGUGGAUUAUGUCGCCACCAAACCUGGGGACUACUCCAUUGAUGUUACCUAUGGUAACAAGCCAAUCAAGGAUUCUCCAUUUAAGGCUAAGAUUGUGCCUGAUGACUCUGCCUCUAAGGUUAUUGCCUAUGGUCCAGGGCUGACAAAUGCCAGUGCCAAUGCUCCGGCCACUUUCACAGUGGACGCCAGAAGAGCCCCAGCCCAGAACCAAAAGGUGGACGUAGAUGUCAAGGGCCCGGCCCCCGUCAAACCAACACUGACCCCAAAAGCAGAUGGCACUGUUGAUGUGGCCUACACAGCUUCUGCCCCUGGUGACUACACCAUUGAUGUCACCUAUGGAGAGAAAUCCAUCAAGGAUUCUCCAUUCAAGGCUAAGGUCACAAAGGAUGUGGCAGACUCUCGGGUCAGAGCCUACGGACCGGGUCUGGAGGGAGGAAAUGCCGAAUCACCCUGUAGCUUCACCAUUGAUUCCAGGAGGGCCACCGUCCCGGGACCUGUCGGAGUCAAGGUGUUCGGACCCAAAGAGGCCAAGAUUGACAUGAAGUCUAACCCAGAUGGAACCUUUGGAGCCACCUAUGUUCCUACAAUGCCAGGAGAUUACACAGUGGAGGUCACUCAUAAUGAGAAACCUUUGGAGGAAUCACCUUUCAAGGUACACAUUGGCCCAGCCACAGGAGAGAAGAUCGAUACCACAGACAGUGGUGUCAAGGCUUAUGGCCCAGGAUUGAAGAAUGCCGUCACCGACAAACCAGCUGUUUUCACUGUGGAUGCUAGGAAUGCCAAAUACCCAGGAGCUAUCGGUGUGGGAAUUGAAGGACCCAAGGAAGCUACCAUUGACACUAAGUCCAAUCCCGAUGGUACUGUUGCAGUGACCUACUACCCAACAGAACAAGGAGAGUACACUAUCAAUGUAACCUAUGAUGACAAGCCCAUUAAGGAGUCGCCAUUCAAAUGUAGAGUCAGACCCACGGCCGGAGAGAAACCUCUCACCCAGGCUGACCUCAGCGGGGUCAAAGUUUACGGACCCGGCCUUAACCCUCAGGGUGUCUUCCUGGAUUCCCCCACCGAAUUCUCUGUGGAUGCCAAAUCUGUUACCCCCUCUGGGGAGGGUAAUGUAAGAGCCAUUGUCAACAACCCCUCUGGUACCAAGAACGACACCAAGGUCACCAACAAAGGAGACGGUACCUACGAUGUACUCUACACACCUGUUGAAGAAGGAACUAUUGCUAUGGAUGUCACAUACGACAACAUGGCAAUCCCCAACAGCCCCUUCAAGGUCAAUGCCGUGCCCGGCUGUGACGCCAGUCGUGUGAAGGCUUACGGUCCCGGGCUACAGGGCGGCUACACCAACCAGUCCCAGGUGUUCACCAUCGACAUCAAGGGGGCGGGGCAGGGCGGUCUGGGGCUGUCCAUUGACGGACCCUCUGAGGUACCCAUCAACUGUAAGGACAACAGAGACGGGACCUGUACUGUGGAAUACAUGCCCAGCAAACCCGGGGAUUAUGAUGUGUCUGUUAAAUUCGCCGACCAAGAGAUUCCCAACUCACCUUUCCGUGUGGCUGUGAAGAACCCAGUUGAUGCCAAGAAGGUCAAAUGUUACGGACCUGGAAUCGAGCCAAUGGGAGUGAAGACCGGUGCCCCUGCGACCUUCACCGUGGAUACCACCGAGGCCGGGGAAGCUCCUCUGGAGGUCACCUGUACUGACCAGAGAGGUCGCGUCCAGCCUGCUCAGCUGACCCCGGUGGCUGAGGGCGUGGUGGACGCCACCUACUACCCCGUGGAGGAGGGGCCAUGUAAGGUGGACGUCAAGUACGCAAACCAACACGUACCAGGAAGUCCAUUCACCACCAAGGUGGAGCCCGGGGUGGACGCCAGCCGUGUCCGGUUGUCUGGAGCCGGCGUCCAGGAGAACAUCCCCGCCAGUUUACCAGUCAACUUCCUCAUCGACACCAGGGAGGCCGGCAUCGCUGACCUGGAAGUUCUUAUCAAGAGACCUGACGGUACCUACGCUCACCCCCACAUCGUUGAUAAUGGUGACGGAACCUUCACCGUGUCCUACGUCCCAGAUGACCUUGGAACCUACGAGAUCCUGAUCAGGUUCGGAGGUCAAGUGGUACCCAACACCCCCCUCAAGGUCAACGCCUACCCCGUGGGUGAUGCCAGCAAAUGCAGAAUUACAGAAGGUCUGGAGAAUACCACCGUCCCAAUCAACAAAGAGACCGUUAUCUGUGUGGACGCCUCCCAGGCUGGAGAAGGCAAGGUCACCUGUCGUAUCCGCAGUCCCAGCGGUAACGACAUUGAUAUCGACAUCGUGGAGAAUCCCGACGGAACGUUCAGCCUCCUCUUCACCCCUCAGAUGAUGGGCGCUUACACCAUUAACAUCAAGUUUGGAGGACAGAGUGUGCCCGGUGGAGAAUACGAUAUCCAGGUUCUUACUAAUAGUGAUUGGGAAAUUUCGGCUGUAAGUCCUGAGGAGUAUGAAAAAUACCUGGAGGAUCAGGUUGGUGCCACUGAGGAUUUGAUUUCCCCCGACACUGUCGACGCAGUACAUGCUGGUGCCCCAGGGGCAGGGCUGUUCCAACCAGUUGACAUCCGUAUCCCUGUCGGACCUAUCUUCAACUUCGUCUCUGCUUAUGUAGUCAUGCCCUCUGGAAAGAAGGCGUACCCCAAAAUCCAGGACAACAAAGAUGGAACUGUUACUGUUAGAUACCAGCCCACGGAAACUGGACUUCACGAACUCUUCGUCAAAUACAACAAUGAUGAUAUUGAAGGAAGUCCAUUCAAAUUCCAUGUGGAUGCCGUCAACAGUGGUCAUGUGACCGCCUAUGGACCAGGUCUGUGUCAUGGAAUCGUCAACGAGCCCGCAGAAUUCACCAUCGUCACCAAAGACGCAGGUGCAGGUGGACUUUCGUUGGCCAUUGAGGGUCCUUCUAAGACGGAAAUUAAAUGUGUGGACAAUGGUGACGGGACCUGUACGGUCAGUUAUAUCCCCACCGCUCCAGGAGAAUACAACAUCACCGUCAAGUUCGCCGACAACCACAUCUCGGGAUCACCGUUCACUGCCAAGAUUAGCCCCACGGCUGGAGAACCACGAAGGAAGGCUCAAAUUGGACGCAGCAGCGAGGUGUCACUGAAGGUCAUGGAGCAGGACAUCAACAAUCUGACCGCCAGCAUCCGUUCACCCUCUGGCCGAGAGGAGCCGUGUCUGCUCAAACGAUUGGCCAAUGGACAUCUCGGAAUAUCCUUCACUCCACGUGAGGUUGGUGAACACUUGGUUAACGUCUUCAGAAACGGCCAGCAUAUUAAUGGCAGCCCCUUCAAGAUCAUCGUGGGUGAAAGCGAACUCGGAAACGCCAGCAAGGUCCGCGUGGCUGGACAGGGAUUACAGAAUGGCAUGGCUAACGAGAUCAACGAAUUCAUGGUGGACACCAGAGAUGCAGGUUACGGCGGUCUGAGUCUGUCCAUUGAGGGACCCAGUAAGGCCGACAUUGAGUGUCUGGACAAUGAGGAUGGGUCAUGUCGUGUGACCUACAAACCCACCGAGCCCGGCAACUACAUCAUCAACAUCAAGUUCUCUGACGAACAUGUGCCAGGUUCUCCCUUCAAUGUGAACGUUGGUGGUGAGCCCUCGUCCAGAAUGACGGAGAGAAUAACUCGACACCGGGAGGCAGCAGAUAUAACUCACAUCGGCAGUCAGUGUGAACUCAGUCUUAAGAUUCCAGUCGCAUUCUUUGCAAGAUGCGCUCAAUACCAAGAGGAAACUCAAAUUCAAACGACAACAGGAACCAGUCCUUUCGACAUGACUGCCUCGGUGACCAGCCCCUCCGGCGUGACUGAGUUGUGUGACAUCGUCAGUCUCGACGAUAACCAUUACAGCAUUAAGUUUGUUCCCAAGGAGAUGGGCGUCCACACAGUCAGUGUCAAACACAAGGACAUGCACAUCCCAGGAAGUCCAUUUGAGUUCACUGUGGGUCCCAUCACAGGAGGUGGAUCACACAAGGUCCACGCCGCAGGUCCAGGUCUGGAGAAGGGAGAAAUCAACCAGCCAUGUGAGUUUAACAUCUACACAAGAGAGGCUGGUGCUGGGGGUCUGUCCAUCGCCGUAGAGGGUCCCUCUAAAGCCGAGCUGGACUUUGAUGACCGCAAGGACGGGUCAUGUGGAGUUAAGUACGUGGUCACUGAGCCGGGAGAGUACCUAGUCUCCGUUAAAUUUAACGAUGAACACAUCCCGGAGUCCCCCUUCAAGGUCUACAUCACUCCCAGUAUCGGGGAUGCCAGAAAACUGUCUGUAGCAGCACUGCAACAAAAGGGACUGCAGGUUGGAAAACCAGCAGCCUUUGUUGUCAACUUCAAUGGUGCUUCCAAGGGUAAACUCCGAGCCAGAGUUAUCUCCCCAUCAGGAACUGAAGAAGAGGCUCUCAUCCAGGAAAUAGAUGAUGGAGAGUAUGCAGUUAGGUUCAUCCCCAGAGAGAAUGGAGUCCACAAUGUGUUUGUGACGUUUGACGGAUGUGACAUCCCUGACAGUCCAUUCAGAGUGUUGGUCGGUAAAGUGGACGCUGACCCAGGAAUGGUCACAGCAUCCGGAGACGGACUCCGCACCGGUCAGACAGGUCAGACAUGUAAGUUUGUUGUCAACACCUGUAACGCUGGAGCUGGUGCCCUAGCGGUCACCGUUGAGGGUCCCUCCAAGGUCAAACUGGAAUGUAAGGAGGUGGACGAGGGCUAUGAGUUCACCUACAGCCCCACUGCCCCUGGGGACUACAUGAUCGGGAUCCGAUACGCCGGCGUCAACAUCGCUGGAAGUCCAUUUAAAGCCAAGAUUGAAGGUCCAGGCAAACCCAGUGGUUACCAUGAACAGGCAUCUGUUGUCGUGGAAACCGUCACAAAGACCAGUGUAAUGAGUAAGUUCAGCGGACUUCAGAAGUUCCAGUCGGAUGCCAGUCGGUGUACAGCGGAGGGAAUGGGUCUGAAGAAAGCUUUCAGAGGAAAACAAGCCACAUUCAGUGUGGACACUUCACAAGCCGGUAAUAACAUGAUGUUUGUUGGAAUGAUGGGCCCUAAGGGACCGUGUGAAGAAUUGUGUGUCAAAAACCAAGGAGGCUACGUAUACAAAAUUAACUAUAUUGUCCGCGAGCGCGGAGAUUACAUGCUGGUCGUGAAGUGGGGAGACCAACAAAUCCCCGGAAGUCCAUUCUGUGUACACGUCGAUUAAAAGUGUGUCUGGAUUUUAUUUUAGGUUUUUUUCAAAUUACGUGUGGCAUAAAGUAAUAUAUAUAUAUUAUAUUUUCAUUCAUUCAUCUAAUGAUGAACAUCGUUAUAUCAUGUGACAGUAACAUUUUUUGUUCAUACCAAGUGUUCUAAGAUCUGAUAGCCACUGGAACAAGUUCUUAUUUCAAAUUGGUGCUGCUAGAGUUAUAAUAAUUAUCAUUUUUUUAAAUGGAAUCAUUUUUUUUCCUAGGGGCUAUAUUUUGUUACACAGUUGAAACUCAAAUUAUGCAAGUGAAUAGAUAGGUAGACAGAAUUUUUUUUAGUAUGCUGUGCACUGUACUUGGUAUAUAUGUGAGAUGACAAAAUGUACUUAAUACCCGAGUUUGAUAAAUGAUGAAUUUUUUCCAGCAUGCUUUAUAUAUUUUACACUUAUUCAUUAUGCUUGUCCAUAUCAAAUGCUCAAUACUUUUUUCAUAAUAAAGUCUGAAAUCGAUCAAUUUCAAAGUGAUAUUUUUAGGAAUCGAGGGCAUUGUAAGGGUUUAUUAAUGUGAGGUGCAUAAAUUGUGCUAUGUACCCAUCUUGCCAUUGACUUAUAUAAUUAUCUACAAAUGACACAGUUAGCAUUUAGUUUACAAAUAUAACAUAGUUUAAGAACUUGUGUCAUUGUCUGGUAUUAGAGAGAAAAAAAAGGAAUCAUUGACCUUACUUUUUAAGUGGACAAAAAUCGUGCUUCCCUAUGUAUUAUAUUCUUAAAUAAAGAAUGGUUGAGUUUUGUACGUUGAGUAAAUGUAUAUAAUUAUAUAUGAAUUAAUUAAUUAAAAGUUAUUGCUUUAUUUUCAUGAUAUUUGUAUAUGAACUUUCAGUGUUUACUAAUGCAAUAAUAUGUGUUUUUGAUGGAUUGUUAUUCAUAUUCGUUAUGUGCAAUGACAAUAUUGCAAAGCAAGAAAAAAAAUUUCCCCUUCUUUAUUUUAUUGUUUUAUUAAUUUCCAUAGGUGUACUUUUAUCGAUGUUUUGUUAUUGAAAUAUACAUAUAUAUUUAAAAUAAUCUAUUAAGUCUUGAAUAUGCAGCCUCUUUGUUUUAUAGUUUAUAAGUAAAUAGAUUUUGUUCCAGCAAGAUCAUAUAGAUUCUACAAAUUGUACUAGUUUAUUUUGAUACAGAUUUACACUAAACAGUAGUGGUUUAAAAUAUAUACAUGGCAUUCUGCAAAGGGUAUGUAUUUUGUUAAUCAUGCAUUUUUCACGUAUAGUUAGGCUUAGCCCCACCCCCUUUGCUUUUUUGACAUACCUGUAUGGUCAGAGUUAACUGCCCUUUACACUUUUGAUUACCACUAGAUGUCGCAUGUCUUGUAUGAGAAAAGAUUCUAUUAUGUUGCUACUGUUAAUGUAUGCUGAUUUAUAAAAAUAAAACUAUGAAAAAACGUCA